AUGGAGAAGCCGGCGCUGCCAGCGGGGGGACCCGCCGAGGUGCCCGGCCCCUUUGUCCCGUGCCUGCGCCGGGACUGCUGCGAGCGGGUGGUGAUCAACGUGGCGGGGCUGCGGUUCGAGACCCAGGCCAGGACCCUGCUCCGGUUCCCCAACACCCUGCUGGGUGACCCACGGCGCCGGCUCCGCUACUAUGACCCGCUGCGGGGCGAGUUCUUCUUCGACCGCAGCCGGCCCUGCUUCGACUCCGUCCUCUACUACUACCAGUCGGGCGGGCGGCUGCGGCGCCCCGCCAACGUGCCUCUCGACAUCUUCCUGGAGGAGCUGAAGUUCUACCAGCUGGGCGAGGAGGCGCUCAGCAAGUUCCGGGAGGACGAGGGCUUCGUCAAGGAGCAGCCGCGCCCGCUGCCCGGGCCCGGGUUCCUCAAGCAGGUCUGGCUGCUCUUCGAGCACCCGGAGAGCUCGCAGGCCGCCCGCAUCAUCGCCAUCAUCUCCGUGCUGGUCAUCCUCAUCUCCAUCGUCAUCUUCUGCCUCGAGACGCUGCCCGAGUUCCGGGACGAGCGGGACAUGGCGCUGCCGGUCCCCCAUCACCGGGCCAACAGCAGCCACAUGCACACCCCCAAGAGCCAGAUGGACGACCCCUUCUUCAUCGUAGAGACCAUCUGCAUCUGCUGGUUCUCCUUCGAGCUGGUGGUGCGGUUCCUGGCCAGCCCCAGCAAGCCGGCCUUCUUCAAGGACAUCAUGAACAUGAUUGACUUCGUGGCGAUCAUCCCCUACUUCGUGGCGCUGGGCACGGAGUUCGCCCGGCAGCGUGGGGUGGGCCAGCCGGCCAUGUCGCUGGCCAUCCUCCGUGUCAUCCGGCUGGUCAGAGUCUUCCGCAUCUUCAAGCUCUCGCGACACUCCAAGGGGCUGCAGAUCCUGGGCCAGACGCUGAAGGCCAGCAUGCGGGAGCUGGGCUUGCUCAUCUUCUUCCUCUUCAUCGGCGUCAUCCUCUUCUCCAGCGCUGUCUACUUCGCCGAGGCUGACCAUGCCGAGACCAACUUCACCAGCAUCCCCGAGGCCUUCUGGUGGGCCGUGGUCACCAUGACCACAGUGGGCUACGGGGACAUGUCUCCCGUGACAGUGGGUGGGAAGAUCGUGGGCUCGCUGUGCGCCAUCGCCGGGGUCCUCACCAUCUCCCUCCCGGUGCCCGUCAUCGUCUCCAACUUCUCCUACUUCUACCACCGGGAGACAGAAGGCGAGGAGCAGGGCCAGUACACUCAUGUGACCGGCUGCCCUGGCCACCCACCCUCUCCCACACCGCCCGCCCGCCGGAAGAAGGCCUGCGGCAAGGAGAUGUACUGUGGAGAUGGGGCCCUGGCGCUGCCCAGCUGCCGGCUCCUGGACGGGAUGGUGGCCUCUGCCAGCAGCCAGCCAGUCCUGUUGGAGCCCCAGCAACCCAACUGGGGCCUGGUGACCCAGGUGUGA